CAUGUUCUAUUUUACACUCACUCGCCGCCUGAGAGAGUGCGAAACUGCCGAGCGCCGGCUAGCGACUGCCGCAGUCCGCGCUACCCCAGCGGUCAGGCAGUGGCGCCUUCUCCUGCCUCACGCGAUCACGCGCAACGCCGCUCCAGGCCCCGGCAGACACAGGUCGAAGACCCGCCAAGCAUGAAUUCAAAAAUCCAUGGCUUCCCACCUCUACAUUACCAAGCUAUUAUUUUCCCCACCAAAGCUUUCGUUCAGUUACUUUGCAUUACGGACUACAGUGCAACUCCGCGCAGUUACUACAGUUGCGGCCGCCCAAACUUUUCCCGCCUACAACCAAACAUUUUGCCACAAUUUCCGAGAAUGUUCGAGAAGAAGGGCCCUAUACGCUGGAAAACAAGCCCACGCUCUAAUGGUCACUUCUGGUUUCGAACCCACCGUUUAUGUUACCAAUUGUUUGAUUCAAAUGUACAUAAGAUGCUCCGACUUCAACUAUGCCGAUAAAGUGUUUGAUAGCAUGCCUAAAACAGACAUGGCUACGUGGAAUGCGAUGAUUUCCCGGUAUUUUGUGGUUGGUGAUUUGGGGAAUGCACAAAUGGUGUUUGAUUGUAUGCCAGAGAGAGAUGUCAUUUCCUGGAAUUCUAUGAUUUCAGGGUACUUGCAGAAUGGGGACUGUCAAAAAUCGGUUGAAGUUUUCAGGGAAAUGGGGAGAGAGGGUAUUGCCUUUGAUAAUGCCACUUUUGUUGUUAUUCUGAAAACUUGCUCAGCUUUGGAAAAUUAUGGUUUGGGAUUGCAGGUGCAUGGUUUGGGAAUUAAAUUGGGAUUAGUUAUGGAUGUGGUGACUGGAACUGCAAUCUUGGAUAUGUAUGCUAAGUGUAAAAGAUUAGAUGAGUCUGUGUAUUUCUUCAGUGAAAUGCCAGAAAAGAACACUGUUACUUGGAGUGCUUUGAUUGCAGGUUAUGUUCAAAACAACCAACUUGUUGAUGGAUUAGAGCUUUUCAAGAAGAUGCAAAAUGAAGGGGUUGGCGUUAGUCAGUCUGCUUAUGCCAGUGUCUUUAGGUCUUGUGCAGGGUUGUCUAACUUAAGAUUUGGUUCUCAAUUACAUGGUCAUGCACUGAAGACCAAUUUUGGAUCUGAUAUCAUUGUAGGAACUUCCACUCUGGACAUGUAUGCUAAAUGCAACAAGUUGGUUGAUGCUCGGAUGGUAUUCAACCUGUUGCCAAUCCACAAUGUGCAAUCUUAUAAUGCACUGAUUGUUGGGUAUGCUCGGGGUAAUGAAAGUUUUGAAGCUUUAAGGUUAUUUCGGCUUUUGGUUAAUUCUGGUCUUGGUUUUGAUGAAGUAAGCCUAUCUGGUGUGUUUAGUGCUUGUGCAGGGGUCAAAGGACAUUUACUGGGAGUUCAGGUCCACGCAUUAGCUAUUAAGACCCCUUUUCACUCUAACGUUAGUGUAGCAAAUGCCAUUCUUGACAUGUAUGGAAAAUGUGGAGGACCAUUUGAAGCUCAUCGUAUGUUUGACGAGAUGGAGGUGAGGGAUGCUGUAUCCUUUAAUGCCAUCAUUGCUGCUUAUGAGCAGAAUGGGUUUACGGAGGAAACACUAUUGCUCUUUAUUUGGAUGAUUCGGUCAGGAAUGGAACCUGAUGAGUUCACUUAUGGUAGUGUUAUGAAAGUCUGUGCAGCACAACAGGCUCUGCACUAUGGCAUGGAGAUUCAUAGCAGAAUUAUAAAAUCAGGCAUGGGAUUUGACCCAUUCGUUGGAAGCUCUGUUGUAGAUAUGUACUGCAAGUGUGCUAAGCUAGAAGAUGCGGAGGCCCUUCAUGACAGAUUGCAGGAACAAGGCACGGUUUCUUGGAAUUCAAUGAUUUCUGGGUUCUCACUGCAUGAAAAAAGCGAGGAAGCUCAAAUAAUCUUUUCUAAAAUGUUGAGUGAGGGAAUUCAGCCUGAUAACUUCACGUAUGCAACAGUUCUCGACAUUUGUGCUAAUAUGGCAACCGUUGGGCUUGGAAAGCAGAUCCAUGCCCAAAUUAUCAAGCAAGAGUUGCUCUUGGAUGAAUACAUUGUUAGCACCCUUGUUGACAUGUACUCAAAGUGUGGAAACCUGCAGGACUCCAGGUUGAUGUUUGAGAAAGCACCAAACAGAGAUCUCGUGACUUGGAAUGCCAUAAUUUGCGGAUACGCCCAGCACGGUCUUGCAGAAGAGGCGUUGCAGAUUUUUGGACACAUGGAGCUCGUGGGCAUCGCCCCAAAUCAUUCAACUUUUCUUUCUGUCCUCCGCGCCUGUGUGCACAUGGGGCUUGUUGAGAAAGGCUUCCAUUAUUUCAAUCUAAUGCUAGAGAAAUACGGGCUGGAGCCUCAAAUAGAACAUUUCUCAUGCAUGGUGGAGAUACUAGGGAGGGCAGGCCAAGUAACCGACGCUCUGAGCCUUAUUCAAGAGAUGCCCUUUGAGCCCGAUGAUGUGAUUUGGAGAACUCUUCUCAGCACCUGCAAAAUGCAUGGCAAUGUCGAGGUGGCAGAAGUAGCUGCGAACUCUCUUUUGCAGCUGGACCCCGAGGACUCAUCCACAUACGUUCUUUUAUCUAGCGUUUAUGCCACUGCUGGAAUGUGGAAACGUGUUGCAGAAUUGAGGAAAGUGAUGCGAUUCGGGAGUCUCAAAAAGGAGCCGGGAUGCAGCUGGAUUGAGGUAAACUCUGAGGUACAUAUGUUUGUUGUUGGAGACAAAGCUCAUCCUAGAUGCACAGAGAUAUAUAUGGAACUAGAACUGCUCAUCAGUGAAAUGAAGUUGGCUGGAUAUGAACUGGAUGGUGAAUUUGCACCUACUACUUAUAUGGGCAAAGAAGAUAGCCCACAAGAAUUGUUUCUUGAUUGAACGAACUAUGGGAGUUUGCACAAUUAUAACACGUUUAAAUGGG